AUGGCAAAACCACAAAAUGCCACCCUCUCAGCUGAGGUUUCAGACUUCAUCCUGAAUUGUUUUGUCAGGUCUCCUGGCUGGCAAUUCUGGCUGUCUCUACCUCUCAGCAUCCUCUGUGUCCUGGCCAUGGGGGCCAAUGCCACCCUCCUCACCACCAUCUGGUUAGAAGCCUCCUUGCACCAGCCCAUGUACUACCUGCUCAGCCUCCUCUCCCUGUUGGACAUCGUGCUCUGCCUCACUGUCAUCCCCAAGGUCCUGGCCAUCUUCUGGUUUGACCUCAGGUCCAUCAGCUUCUCUGCCUGCUUCUUCCAGAUGUUCAUCAUGAAUUGUUUCCUAGCCAUGGAGUCUUGCACAUUCAUGGUCAUGGCCUAUGACCGUUAUAUAGCCAUCUGCCACCCACUAAGAUACCCAUCUAUCAUCACUGAUCAAUUUGUAUCCAAGGCUGCCAUCUUCAUUUUGACAAGAAGUGUCCUUCUUGUAGUGCCCAUUCCCAUUCUCUCAGCACGGCUCAAUUACUGUACGAGAAAUAUCAUUGAGAACUGUAUCUGUGCCAACAUGUCUGUCUCCAGGCUCUCCUGUGAUGAUGUCACCAUCAAUCGUGUCUACCAAUUUGCUGGUGGCUGGACCCUGCUAGGAUCUGACCUCAUCCUCAUCUUCCUCUCCUAUACCCUCAUACUGAGAGCUGUGCUAAGACUCAAGGCAGAGGGCGCAGUUGUCAAGGCCCUAAGCACAUGUGGUUCCCACUUCAUCCUUAUCCUUUUCUUCAGCACCAUUCUUCUGGUUUUUGUCCUCACUCAUGCAGUGAAGAAGAAAGUCCCUCCUGAUGUGCCAGUCUUGCUCAACGUUCUCCACCAUGUCAUCCCUGCAGCCCUCAACCCCAUUGUUUAUGGAGUCAGAACCCAGGAGAUCAAGCAAGGAAUUCAGAGAUUACUGAAGAAAGUAUGGUAUUAAAAGCAACUGGAUCUCUACCUGCCUACAACAUUAUGACUUAUAAACAAGUGAGUGACAAAUCUCGCUGAACCCCCUAACUCAGAGACCAAAGAUUAAAGAGAAACACAAAUUAAAUUCUGAAAUAAUUUCUUCAUUCUUCAAAUUCUGAUGCUCCUUCUUACAAAAAAAAAAAAAACUGGU